CCCAUUUUCUUCGUUAGUCCGUCGACAUCGACAUCCUCAUGGCUUCGAAAUCUAAGUUUCUUCCAGAGCCGAAAACCGUCGCAGUGGUAGGAUGCCCAUUCAGUGGUGGGCAGCACAGGGCUGGCGUGGACAAGGGCCCCAUUGAUCUCGUCGACGCCGGGCUCAUCCAGCAACUGACUGAUCUUGGAUGGAACGUCCAGUUUGACGGCCACCAUCAGUUUGAAGACAUCUCCGCUGAAGCUGACCCGCCGAUCGGAAAAUUGAAAAAUCCAAGGCUGGUGUCAAAAGUGACUGAAGCCGUCGCAAAAGCGGUCGGGGAGCACGCUAAGCAAGGUCAGCUUCCGCUGACUCUUGGGGGCGACCAUUCUCUGGCAAUGGGGACUAUUGGGGGAACGCUCUCAAAUUAUCCCGACUUGACCGUGAUUUGGGUUGACGCUCAUGCGGACAUCAACACGCCUGAAACGACAGAUUCAGGGAACAUCCACGGCAUGCCGGUUUCCUAUCUGCUCUCAUUGUCCGACUCUACCUCUGCUGGCCCUACCCCCGCUAAUGAGCCCGCGCCUUUCUCCUGGCUCGAUUCUAUUCACCUUUCCCCAGCACGUAUUGCGUACAUCGGGCUUCGUGACAUUGAUGCAGGAGAGAAGGCCUUGCUACGUAAACACAACAUCGCGGCAUUUUCGAUGCACGAAGUAGAUCGGUAUGGCAUUGGUCAGGUGGUGGAGAUGGCUUUGGACAAAGUGAAUCCUGGUAGGGAUAAGCCUAUUCAUCUGAGCUUCGAUGUGGAUGCCCUAGACCCCUCUGUUGCACCGAGCACUGGAACCCCUGUCCGUGGGGGCUUGACGUUCAGAGAAGGACACUACAUCUGUGAAAGGAUCUACGAGACAGGCCUCCUAGUCGCUGUUGAUUUGAUGGAAGUCAACCCAUCGCUGAAAGACCCGGAGAGUGUGAAACAAACUGUGGCCGUUGGAUGUUCUCUUGUUCGGGCCGCACUAGGGGAGACCCUUCUUUAACCCGGCGGCGUAAUGACGGUCAAUUAUUGAGUCAUUCUGUAUCUAAGAAGAGAUCAUGUCAGGAUAGAACUGUAUCCUUAGACGUAUGUGCCGAGAUUUGUAGUGGGACCCUGUAUGUCGAGUUAACGUGUGUGCAACUUUGUGAUCGCCGGCCGUUCUUCCAGGCGCAACCACGUC